CGUGCUGCUGGACGUGAAGGAGCUGCAGCGGGGGCUGGAGCUCACCAAGCGCGAGUACACCAUGCACGACCACAACACCAUGCUCAAGGACUUCAUCCAGAGCAACGAGGGCAAGCUCAAGAAGCUGCAGGACGAUGCCAAAAUAGCCCAGGAUGCCUUUGAUGAUGCUGUGAAGUAUUUCGGGGAGAAUCCCAAGACAACCCCGCCCUCGGUGUUCUUCCCGGUGUUCGUGCGCUUUGUGAAGGCCUACAAGGUAACCCACAGCUUCCUCCUCUUUCUUCUCUUCCUCCUCCUCCUCUUCUCUUCAUCCUCUUU